AUGAAGUUAGAGGUUUUAUGCGGCGGCCACUAUGACACCAAACAUCUGGGGAUGUUCUGUGACACAGAGGGGAGUUUGCGCUCUCCUCUGUCUGCUGAAGAGGAGCUGGGGUCGGACGGGGACUGCGUGGUGCACAGCCCUCCUCCACCUGUGACUCCGUGCGCCGUCCCCAAGUCCAAGCCAUACACACGGAGACCCAAACCCCCUUUCUCCUACAUCGCUCUCAUCGCCAUGGCUAUCCGGGACUCCCCAUCUGGACGUCUCACUCUGGCGGAGAUAAACGACUACCUGAUGAAAAAGUUCCCGUUCUUCCGAGGCAGCUACACCGGCUGGAGGAACUCCGUGCGGCACAACUUGUCUCUCAAUGACUGUUUCCUCAAAGUACUCCGGGACCCGUCCAGACCGUGGGGAAAGGAUAAUUACUGGAUGCUCAAUCCUCAGAGCGAGUACACCUUUGCUGAUGGGGUGUUCCGGCGCAGGAGAAAGCGCAUAGACAAAAAGGAGCAGAGAGCAGAGGAGCCGCAGAGCGUCCAGCAGCCUGAACCCGCAACAAAGACUGACUCGUGUGUCAAGUUUACGAGCUCCUUUGCCAUAGACAGCAUCCUCAACAGACCCUUUAAGAGGGACUCAAACAGAGACUAUGUGGGGCCGCACACUGCCUACUCUUGGCCGAGCUACACGGAACUAAUGGCGCCUUAUCCUAAUACACCUGCUGCCUCAUUUUCAUACGUCAAGUCACCCUUUCCCAUGAACUCCUAUCCUGCGCACGACGCUGCGCUGCUCACACAGACACUGGUGCGGUAUUAG